AUGCAGUUAGGGGAGCAGCUCUUGGUGAGCUCGGUGAACCUGCCCGGAGCGCACUUCUACCCGCUGGAGAGUGCGCGAGGGGGCGGCAGUGGGAGCGCAGGACACCUCCCGGGCGCGGCCCCCUCGCCUCAGAGGCUGGACUUAGACAAAGCAUCCAAGAAGUUCUCGGGCAGUCUCUCCUGCGAGCCGGGGAGCAGGGAGCCAGCAACCGCCAGCGCGGGGGGCCCCGCGGCCAUGCUAAGUGACGCCGACGCCGGGGACGCCUUUGCCAGCGCCACGGCAGUGUCCAAGCCAGGGCCCCCGGACGGCCGCAAGGGCUCCCCCUGCGGGGAGGAGGAGCUGCCCUCCGCCGCUGUCGCCACCGCGGCUGCUGCCACCGCGCGCUACUCCAUGGACAGCCUGAGCUCGGAGCGCUACUACCUCCAGUCCCCCGGGCCGCAGGGCUCUGAGCUGGCAGCGCCCUGUUCGCUCUUCCCGUACCAGGCGGCGGCCGGGGCGCCCCAUGGAUCUGUGUACCCGGCUCCCAACGGGGCGCGCUACCCCUACGGCUCCAUGCUGCCCCCCGGCGGCUUCCCCGCGGCUGUGUGCCCACCCGGGCGGGCGCAGUUCGGCCCCGGGGCCGGCGCGGUCAGUGGCGCGGGUGGCGGCGGCGGCGGGGGCGGCGGCCCGGGCACCUAUCAGUACAGCCAGGGGGCUCCGCUCUACGGACCGUACCCUGGGGCGGCAGCGGCCGGAUCUUGCGGAGGAUUGGGGGGCCUGGGGGUUCCCGGUGCCGGCUUCCGCGCCCACGUCUACCUGUGCAAUCGGCCUCUGUGGCUCAAAUUCCACCGUCACCAAACUGAGAUGAUCAUUACGAAACAGGGCAGGCGCAUGUUUCCUUUCUUGAGCUUCAACAUAAACGGACUCAAUCCCACUGCCCACUACAACGUGUUCGUGGAGGUGGUGCUGGCGGACCCCAACCACUGGCGCUUCCAAGGGGGCAAGUGGGUGACCUGCGGCAAAGCCGACAAUAACAUGCAGGGCAACAAAAUGUAUGUUCACCCAGAGUCUCCUAAUACUGGUUCCCACUGGAUGAGACAGGAAAUUUCCUUUGGGAAAUUAAAACUCACCAAUAACAAAGGCGCAAAUAACAACAACACCCAGAUGAUAGUCUUACAGUCUUUACACAAAUACCAACCACGACUGCACAUUGUUGAAGUCACAGAGGAUGGCGUGGAAGACUUGAAUGAGCCCUCAAAGACCCAGACCUUUACCUUCUCAGAAACGCAAUUCAUUGCAGUGACUGCCUACCAAAACACUGAUAUUACUCAACUAAAGAUUGAUCAUAACCCCUUUGCAAAAGGCUUCAGGGACAACUAUGAUUCCAUGUACACCGCUUCAGAAAAUGACAGGUUAACUCCAUCUCCCACGGAUUCUCCUAGAUCCCAUCAGAUUGUCCCUGGAGGUCGGUACGGCGUUCAGUCCUUCUUCCCGGAGCCCUUUGUCAACACUUUACCUCAAGCCCGAUAUUAUAAUGGCGAGAGAACCGUGCCACAGACCAACGGCCUCCUUUCACCCCAACAGAGCGAAGAGGUGGCCAACCCUCCCCAGCGGUGGCUUGUCACGCCUGUCCAGCAACCUGGGACCAACAAACUAGACAUCGGUUCCUAUGAAUCUGAAUACACUUCCAGCACCUUGCUCCCAUAUGGUAUUAAAUCCUUACCCCUCCAGACGUCCCAUGCCCUGGGAUAUUACCCUGAUCCAACCUUCCCUGCAAUGGCAGGGUGGGGAGGUCGAGGUUCUUAUCAGAGGAAGAUGGCAGCUGGACUACCAUGGACCUCCAGAACAAGCCCCCCUGUGUUCUCUGAAGAUCAUCUCUCAAAGGAGAAAGUCAAAGAGGAAAUUGGCUCUUCUUGGAUAGAGACACCCCCUUCCAUCAAGUCUCUAGAUUCCAAUGAUUCGGGGGUAUACACCAGUGCUUGCAAGCGAAGGCGGCUGUCUCCUAGCACCUCCAGUAAUGAAAAUUCUCCCUCCAUAAAGUGUGAGGACAUUAAUGCUGAAGAGUACAGUAAAGACACCUCCAAGGGCAUGGGGGGGUAUUAUGCUUUUUACACAACUCCCUAA